CCUUCUCUCCCGAGUCUCUCCUCAAUCCACGCUCCAGACACACGGUUUCAGAAAAUUGGUUUCAAUUUCUCAUCCGAAUCCUCUUCACCAUUUCCAUUCCCGUUCAUAUCCCUGAUUCCCUAUUGCCCCAGAAUAUUUUGAAAAAUCAUAAAUUAAAAUAAAGGAAGAAUAUGGAUUUAAUUACAACUUGGAAUACGAGAGCCUCUGCAAUUUCAUUUUCUGCACUCAGGAGUAGGAGUAGCUUCCACAAUCCUUCCCGCCAAAACCAUAACCUUUUAUUCCCAUUUUGGCCCUACCCUCUUCCUCGUAUUUCAUACAAGUCCUUCACUGCCCAUGCUAAGAAGAGAAGCUCACAGUCUCAACCACUUGUGAAACAGACCAUAGUUGAACAAAUCUCUACCAGUCAACAACAAGAUGACCUUCUUUUGGAUGACUUUGAGGAUGAGGCAUUAAUGGAUGAUGAUGAUGAUUACGAUGACAAGGAUUGGGAGGAUGAGUAUCUGGCUGAUGAUGCUGAAGUCUAUGUUGGGGAUGGAGGUGAAGGUGGUGGAAUUUCGCUUGCAGGGACAUGGUGGGAUAAAGAAGCUUUAUUAAUGGCUGAAGAGGUUUCUAUGUCAUUUGAAGGCGACUUGAAAAUAUAUGCCUUUAAGACAUUGGUGAAUUCUACUAUUCAAGUGCGCAUCGAGAAACUUUCAAAUAAGUCUGGAUCUCCAAGUAUAACUGAUAUACAAGCUUUCUCCUCGAUCUACAGAGCAAAGUUAGAUGAAGCUGAGAUUGCUGGAUCUGUACCUGAGAACCUAUCCCUGGAGGUGUCAUCUCCUGGUGUUGAACGGGUAGUUCAAAUUCCACAAGAGCUUGAUCGGUUUAAGGAGCGGCCUAUGUAUGUGAAAUAUGUUACUGAGGGAGUUGCUCCUGGUUCAACAAUAGAAAGUGAUGGCAUUUUCAGGCUUGUUUCUUUUGAUUUGGAAGCAAAUUGUUGCACUUGGGGUUUAGCAGAUGUGAGGAUAAAUAGAGCAAAGGCAGGGAAAGGAAGGCCACUUAGCAAAAAGCAACGAGAAUGGCGGUUGAAUACACCCUUUGAUUCCUUAUGCUUAGUCCGGUUGUAUUCUGAAAUUUGAAUAUUUAGUUUCCCCCUUCCUUUCUAUAUUGCAUGUAUCUGUCCUGAAGGUAUUACUUGCCCAGUUGAGUGGAUAGAAAUAUCAAUACAACAAAUCCAGUCGUCGUCUUUCUUAAUUUUUGAUA